CCAAGCCAGAACUUCCGUCAGUACAAGUUAUGUCGUCUAUUGGAGUGACAUCCUGGGCUCUUCUGGGAAACCUGGACUGCCAUACCCUGUUGUGGCUGAUCAAGUAGAACGACUUCUUAAGCCGUAGCACUCUUCCUGAAACGUGUGAACCUGACCUUUAGCUCCUCCAGGAGUGGCAGGUCGUGCUCUUGUUCCUAGUUGAACAGUCAGAGGAAUGGUCACAAAAGAGAAACAGAGCUCUUCACUUCUUAAGAUAAUUCGUGUCCAGUCCCCAGAUGGGGUGAAGAGGAUCACAGCAACAAAGAGAGAGACAGCUGCAGCAUUUUUGAAAAAGGUCGCAAAGGAGUUUGGCUUCCAGAACAACGGCUUCUCAGUUUACAUCAAUAGAAACAAGACUGGAGAGAUAACAGCAUCGUCCACCAAGUCCCUCAACCUGCUCAAAAUCAAGCAUGGCGACCUCUUGUUCCUGUUCCCCUCGAGCCUUGCCGGACCCUCAUCUGAGAUGGAGACGUCCGCCCCGCCCGGGAUAAAGGCCCUGGGCGCCCCCAGUGUGGUGGAAGAUGAGAUUGACCAGUACCUCAGCAGGCAGGACGGCAAGAUUUACCGGAGCCGCGACCCGCAGCUAUGCCGGCACGGUCCUUUGGGGAAGUGUGUGCACUGUGUUCCUCUAGAGCCAUUCGAUGAGGAUUACCUAAACCAUCUCGAACCGCCCGUGAAGCACAUGUCUUUCCACGCCUAUAUCCGAAAGCUGACUGGAGGGGCCGACAAGGGGAAGUUUGUUGCCCUGGAGAACAUCAGUUGCAAGAUUAAGUCAGGGUGCGAGGGGCACCUUCCAUGGCCCAAUGGCAUCUGUACGAAGUGCCAGCCAAGCGCCAUCACCCUGAACAGACAGAAGUACAGACACGUGGACAAUAUCAUGUUUGAGAAUCACACAGUUGCUGAUCGUUUCCUUGAUUUCUGGAGGAAGACAGGGAACCAGCACUUCGGAUACUUGUAUGGACGGUACACUGAGCACAAAGACAUCCCGCUGGGCAUCAGGGCUGAAGUGGCGGCCAUUUACGAGCCUCCUCAGAUUGGUACACAGAACAGCUUGGAGCUUCUUGAAGACCCAAAAGCUGAGGUGGUGGAUGAAAUCGCUGCCAAACUUGGCCUGAGGAAGGUCGGCUGGAUAUUUACAGACCUCGUCUCGGAAGACACCCGGAAGGGGACAGUCCGAUACAGUCGGAAUAAGGACACCUAUUUCCUGAGUGCGGAAGAGUGUAUCACUGCAGGAAACUUCCAGAAUAAGCACCCCAACAUAUGUCGGCUGUCUCCAGACGGACACUUUGGAUCCAAGUUCGUUACUGCAGUGGCUACAGGGGGUCCCGACAACCAGGUCCACUUCGAAGGGUACCAGGUGUCCAAUCAGUGCAUGGCGCUGGUCCGUGACGAGUGCCUGCUGCCGUGCAAGGACGCCCCCGAGCUCGGCUACGCCAAGGAGUCCAGCAGCGAGCAGUACGUGCCCGAUGUGUUUUACAAGGACAUAGACAAGUUCGGCAAUGAGAUCACCCAGCUGGCCCGCCCCCUGCCCGUGGAGUAUCUGAUCAUAGAUAUCACAACAACUUUCCCAAAGGAUCCAGUUUAUACUUUUUCUAUAUCGCAAAACCCAUUUCCUAUUGAAAACCGGGAUGUAUUGGGUGAGACACAGGACUUCCACAGUUUGGCCACCUACUUGUCCCAGAGUACCUCGUCCGUGUUCUUGGAUACCAUCUCGGAUUUCCACCUCCUGCUGUUUCUGGUCACCAACGAGGUCAUGCCUCUGCAGGACAGCAUCAGCUUACUGCUGGAGGCCGUGAGGACCAGGAAUGAGGAGCUCGCACAGACAUGGAAGAAGUCUGAGCAGUGGGCCACCAUCGAGCAGCUCUGCAGCACAGUCGGGGUGCAGCUUCCGGGCCUCCACGAGUACGGCGCUGUCGGGGGUUCCUCGCACGCUGCCGCGGCCGCCAUGUGGGCCUGUCAGCACUGCACCUUCAUGAACCAGCCGGGCACCGGCCACUGCGAGAUGUGCAGCCUCCCCAGGACCUAGGGCUCCCGGCCCACCCCAGCCCUCUCUGACCAGGAUUGUUGAGACCGUGUCCACACCGGCAGCCCCGAAGGGCAGGGCGGGGGUGGCUGCCCUGGAGGAGGGGCCAGGCUAGCGCUCUUGCCAGCUAGAACCAGUCCCCCGUGGGGCCGGGCGGCCUCCCCUGGACGCCUCUGGUGCCAGCCCCCACGCCUAGGAGGACUGGCGCCUCUAACUUCACCUGGAACGGAGGGGCAGGAGCACCUGCUGCUGCCGUCGGCUUUUUUCCUCCUUCACUUGGAUGCUUUUCUUGCCCCUCCCGUGGUUUUGGUUGGGGGCUCUUGCUGGCCUCUGCCCGGAUGGUUGGGGGCAGACCCUGCCUGCCAGGGCCACUUCCUCCCCUUCCGGCAGCCACUGUCGGGCGGAAACGCAAGUGGUCACAGGCUCACCGGCCUCCCAUCUGCUUGGUCUGCAGGUUAACUGGCUGCCUACCCUUCUUCCUGCCCCCACCUGACAUCCAGGUGGCGUUUUAAAGUCGGCAUUGGUUGUAAUAACAGUUAUCGGUAAUUCCUGCCCGGAAGGCUUAUUUAUUUUUUUUUUUAAGAUGAAAAUUGCAUAAAAGGGGAGUGAGACUAGUUUCCACUUCCUUCCCUCUAGUGAGUCCCUGUGGGUGUGUGCAGGGUGGGUGAGUGUGGACGGGGACCCACAGUCACUUCUUGGAAGUAAACCUCAGUGCCUGAGACUUUUCUGCUAAGCUGUACAGCCUUGGCAGCUGCAGACACGGGCCGUCCGAGCAGGAGCGCAGCGGUGGCUCCCGCCAGGCAGGCAGCCCCUCCAGACAGCCAAUACCGCUGGCCAGGCCUGCCAUGGGGUGAGCUGGGUUGCCCAGGACCAGAAGCUCUGGUCCCCUUCGCCCAUACACAGUUCUUUCCCAUGGCCUCAUCCAGCCCCUGGCCUGUGGCAGUGACUUGGCCAUUGAGACAGGCCUGGGUGAGGGAGUAGGGGCUUUUGACCUGUUGUGAGGCCACUUGGGUCUGCUAUGGGGGCCUUGGAAAGUGGCCACUGUGCUGACGGUGUGAGGUCUGGGUGGUGGUCAGACCUUGCGCAUGUGCUCUGGGCUCCCUGAAUUUCCUCUGGCUGGGCUGUACUCCGGUCCGACCCCAGGGACUUGCAGGCAUGCUGGUGCCUCUUUGCCUUAACAAGAGCCGUGUCUCCGAGCUGCCCCGAACCCAUGGGAGAGGCCAGCCCAGACACAGUGUGCUCGGGGCCUUCAUGUCUGCCCGGGGCGGGGCAGGCCUGUGCAGAGCGCACUGGGUGUUGGCUUCUGCCAUGUCCACCGGCACAGACUGGUCUGCUCUUAGGGCCACAGCAGAGCAGCUGAGCCGGGGGGCAGGAGGGCCAGAGCAGCCCGUCUGUGGCACAGCCUGCUGCCGAGGACUGUGGUCGCGCACCCAGGUGCACUGGCUGGAGCUCCGGCCUUGGUCGUUUGGUCCCUGCAGUCACACGUGAGGCUGCAGGUGUGUCCUGCGCGUGGCCGGUUUCCCAGUGCCCGGGGAGGCCAGAGGUGCCGUUUGCUUUGUCUUCAUCCACCCAGCUAGUUCCUUUCCGCCAGCAUUCUCUCUCAAGUUCUGGCAUCUGCACCACUCGUUUGUUUCGUUCUGUCUUUUAGCUAAAGAAAAAGCGUGAUUUCUCUGCUUCUGGUUUUGAGUCACUCUGUUCAGUAAUGCACUUUAUUUUAUUGUCCAAAGAGUUGAGCUCAGUAAAGGGUAUGGGAGUGCCCUGCCAGCUGGUGGGCUCGGGCCCAGGCAACUCAGCCUCCUCUGUGCAGGGGAGGGGGCCCCCCAGCCCCCCCAGCCCCACCUGCCUCCUACCUGCUCUCGCUUGGACACAGCCCCUCAUGUCACCAGGCGCCGUAGCCCAGCAAGGGUGGCUGAGUGCACACCUGCUCAGGUGAACACACCUGCUGCCCAACCACCUCUGACCAGUCUGCUCCCGGGGCUUCUGCUUCGGCUCUGCUGGGGGCUCACGGGUGUGCGUCGGCCGGGCUUGCGUGAGCGUUUCCUGGAUUCCGGCCCUGCAGUGCGACUAAUAAAAGCACCUGAAGCGA